ACUAAAAACACUGCUGUGAUCGACACUCGGAUGUCCAUCAAAAAGUGUGAGACAAUGAAGAGGAUGGGAGUUUCUGGAAAAAUUAUGUGUAUCCUAAUGCUGCUACUGCACAAGAGUAGUCAGCAACAAGUGUUUAAUGAUGAAAAUACACUCCAUCUCCCUGAAAAUUAUGACAUUGGCUGGAUGAAAAUGCUGGAUGAUAACAUGUUCAUUUCUCACAUCACUAUUCCUGGUACACAUGACAGCUUGGCCCUUCAUGGAGGACCAGCAGCAGAAUGUCAGGCAUGGUCGCUACAGCACCAGCUAAAUGCCGGCAUACGCUACUUCGACUUGAGAGUGUCUGGAGAUGAUCUGAAAGUUGUGCAUGGACCGUUUUCCCAACGUACAACAUUCUUUGAUGCUUUCAACACAAUAAAGAACUUUUUAUCUAUACACCAAACAGAGACAGUGUUGGUCAGACUUAAGCAUAGCAGCACAUUUCCAGAUCGUGUUAUAUCCCAGCUUAAAUCUGAUUCUAAUAGUUGGGUUGAGAAUGAAAUACCAAGAAUUCAAAAUGUAAGAGGAAAGGUUGUUUUCGUACAAAAAAAUAGCUUUAGUCUGGGUGUCUCUCUAAAUGAAACUGAUAAACAUGGUGACUAUAAAGUAGGAAAUGUAGAAAAAAAGAAAGAUAAAAUCAUUGCCCAUCUGAAUGAGGCUAUAGAAGCAUGCAGAUCUGGUUAUGUUGUUUUGAACUAUUCAAGCGGCACAGGUUUUCCUUUUUUAAGGGUAGACAACUCCCCAAAACACUUGGCAAAAGAAAUCAACCUUUGGCUAUAUAAUAAUCUCAAAGGCGCUUAUGAAGAAAAAAAAGAGUUUUGUUUUGGGGUUAUAGCCAUGGACUUUCCAGGCUUUGAUUUAAUACAAAUGGUCAUAAAUUUUAAUAAACAGGUAGGCAUAUAAGUCUGUCAUUUUUACAGUACAAUUUGUUAAUUAAGCAUACACUUUAGUGGGACAGAAGUGUGCAUUUUCUAUUUUAUUAAUGACAAAGCAUCAUUGCCGCCUUGUCUAUAUUUAAAAAUUACGGAGCCCUGCACAUGACAUGGCAUUCAGGGAAACAUUUUUUAGGUAAUAGUAGUAAAUGGUAAUCGUGUGCACGUUUAAGUACAAUGAGGGAAUGAAUUACUAAAUCGUGCGCACUAUUUAUAAAUUUUUUUCUUGAAUGUUAUGUGCGGGGCUCCGUGAUAUAUUUACCUUUUUCUGUGUUUUUUUUUCUGGUUAUCAAGCUUUUUCUUUUAACUUUAAACCAUGUAGUCUUGACAACAGCAGAUGAGUUGAAUAAACCUGAAAUUAG